CCUCCCGGGAGCCGGCCGUGCGCUUCGGCUCCGUGCCCGUCCGCAGCACGCCCGCGCGGCCGCCGGCUCCCGUUACUGGAUAAAAGAAGUCUGGAAGCCAUGUCGGAGUUUUGGUUAAUUUCUGCCCCGGGCGAUAAGGAAAACUUACAAGCCCUGGAGAGGAUGAACACGGUAACCUCCAAGUCCAACCUGUCUUAUAACACCAAAUUCUCGAUUCCUGACUUCAAGGUGGGGACCUUGGAUUCCCUUGUUGGCCUCUCUGAUGAGCUGGGGAAACUCGAUACCUUUGCUGAAAGCCUCAUAAAGAGGAUGGCCCAGAGCGUGGUAGAAGUUAUGGAAGACUCCAAGGGGAAGGUUCCGGAGAACCUCCUGGCCAACGGAGGUUUGAAGGAAAAACUGAAAUGUUUAAAGAUUGACUUAACAUCCUUCGUGACCCACUUUGAGUGGGACAUGGCCAAAUAUCCUGCGAAGCAGCCACUCGUGAGCGUCGUGGAUACUCUAGCAAAGCAACUGGCACAAAUCGAGACCGACCUGAAGUCCCGAACGGCCGCCUACAACACCUUGAAGACAAACCUGGAGAACCUGGAGAAGAAAUCCAUGGGAAACCUCUUCACUCGGACGCUGAGCGAUAUCGUGAGCAAAGAAGACUUCGUGUUGGAUUCCGAGUAUCUUGUCACACUUCUGGUCAUCGUGCCCAAACCAAGCUACACGCAAUGGCAAAAAACCUACGAAUCCCUCUCGGACAUGGUGGUCCCUCGGUCGACUAAACUGAUCGCCGAGGACAACGAGGGCGGCCUCUUCACGGUGACCCUGUUUCGAAAAGUGAUCGACGAUUUCAAAACCAAAGCCAAAGAGAACAAGUUCACUGUCCGUGAAUUUUACUAUGACGAGAAAGAGAUAAAGAGGGAAAGGGAAGAGCUGAGCCGUUUGCUGUCUGAUAAGAAGCAACAGUAUCAAACUUCCUGUGUUGCUCUUAAAAAGGGAUCAUCCACCUUCCCGGACCACAAGGUUCAGGUAACCCCGCUAGGGAACCCCGAUAGGCCCGCUGCGGGGCAGACGGACAGAGAGAGAGAGAGUGAGGGCGAGGGAGAGGUAAGCAGCACCCGGGAGCCCUGGGCUUCCCCCGCUCGCAUGUCCUCGCCAGUGCAGGCGUCUUCUGAGAAAACAAAGCCUUGCGUUUUCUGGUACCGAAGGUGGCUUUUGGGGGCUCAAAUCAAGGAGCCCAGCAUCAAACGCCUUUCCUCCUCAUCCGGGGGGCCUCCUUGGAGCUGCCCCCCCGCCCCCGGCAGUGGAUGGUGCUUGCUGGCCAGGGUGCCCCCGCCCUGUCUGGAGGUGGCUGGAGCUGGUGACGGGGACAGGUGCUGGUGGUCGGGCGGCUCGGCUCUCCUCCCCUGGCUGCCCUGGCUGGACCCACCCCUGACCUUGGUGGGCACUUGGAGGUGCCUUUGCUCCAAGACUCGAGGCUCCCUCCCCCUGAGUAGCGGCCACAGCGGCAUUAGUGGCAGCUGUCGUGGCCGAGUGAGGCGGGCUCCUCGGAGGGCCCCCUGGAAGCGGCGGCUGGUGGAUGACGCCAGGACCCCGGGGCAGCGCCUCCCUGGGAGGCGGGCCCCUUCGCAGCACAGCGUCAGAGGGAAGCCUGCGGGCUGCCUGCUGACAGCCCUGAGGUCAGGGGCUGCCCAGCCCCUGCAGCCCGGUCUGGGGUGGCCGCGCGCGCAUGCGCCGGGUGGCUGGCCCGCGGCGCUUCCCCGGCCCCCCCCCCCGCCCCCCCCCCCCCCCCGGGGCGGCCCGGCCGACGGGGUCCCGGCCCUCGUCCGACCACCUCGCUGCUUCCGCUGGCCGCCGGGCAUCUCUUCGCCGCUCGGGGCUUGCUCUGUCAAAACCCACCUCCUCCUCGGCCUCGCGUGGGCGGAGCGGCCAGCGGGCGUCACCGGCUCUCCUGUCUCUGCAGGGCCCGCUGCUGCGCUGGCUCAAGGUGAACUUCAGCGAAGCCUUCAUUGCCUGGAUCCACAUCAAGGCCCUGAGGGUGUUUGUGGAGUCCGUGCUCAGCCCUGCGGGCCCUGCUGUCCUGUGCGCCGCGGCCCCUUCCUGCCAGACUCCGCGGCAGGCUCCGCCCGCCCCGUGCACCUGCCGGGGCCUGGCGACUCCUAGAGGAAACACGAGCAUGGUCUCAGUCCUUGAGCUCUGAGCCCAAGGCGGCACAAAAAAACGAAAGCCCUGAACCAAACCGAACUGACAACAACAAAAAUUUGGCCUUGUUUUUUUCACCAAAGUGAAAACAAUUACCGUGGGAGAUUUGGGAACUGUAGGUAAGCACGACCAAUGAAUAAAAAAAUCACCUGUAAUUUUAACGCCGGGAGAAAACUCUGCUGGCUAGUGUGCAGGCGUGAACCUUAGGAGUUUUUGUUCCUUUGUGUUUUGCUUUUUUUUUUUUAUUCUAGUUUACAGAUAUGCAUAUUUUUUUUUUACUAAAUUUUUGCAAAAAUGGAAUCAAGCAGUAUUUUUUAAAGCCUGUUUUUCUGCCACGUUUUGAACAUGUGCAGUGACAUGAGCUAUGUGGGGAGGGGGGAUCUUGGUAGCAUCACACACGGCUGGCUGUACCCUUUUUCUGGAAGCUUCCACCCCUGCUUCUUGGCCCCCUCUGGCCCUCUGACCCUCUGGAGUGCUCUCCCCAGCCCCUCCCCUGCCUGCAAGGCGGGAGGCCCCCCCCCCAUCCCUUCCCAGCCAUCCACCUGGAGGCCUGUUCCGUACCUUUCCUUUCGAGUCUGUGCCUCCUACCUCGUCCUGUCCGCCUCUCACCUCACACGGGCUUCCCCUGGACAUCUGGCUCAUCUUCCCUCCCGACCCUUCCCCCGGCUGCCCCGUCAAUGCCCGUGGGCUCACGUCUUUCCCAUUUCCAGACCCCAACCCUCAGGGCGGGCUCAGAUGCCUCUGCUCCCUCACCCUCGCCUCCUACGCCCACUCCUGCACCCCACGACGCUUCUGGUGGGCCCCCUGGCUUGCCCCUGCUUUCUCUCUUCCCUCCGUCCCCGGCCUCGCCUGGCCGGGCCGGCUCUUGCCACGGGCUCUCCCUUGGUUCUGUGCCUCCGGUUCAUCCUCCACGCGGCUGCCAGUGUGGUUUUGUCCAAGCACAAUAUGGCGGCCGCCAGGAUCUGACCGUGGCUCCUCUCGUGGUCAUCCACCCCCACCCAUCUCAGAGGCCUGGAGUGGCGUGGAUUGUGGCAUUGGGCUGCGGGGUGUAGACGAGCAAACCUGGAGUGUGCCAGCCACCUGUGGUGUAGACGGGGCCCGAGACUGACCCUGCUGGCCUCGAAAAUCAGUGGUUCUCAGGCUCACUACGGUGCGGAUGCCCGUUUGCUCGAGAGAGGUAGAGAUGGAUGUCCUUAAGUUGGAUGAAACAGGAUUUCUCCUAAAAGUAUAUGUGAAAGUAAUUCUUUACAAGACUCUCAAUGUAGGAUUUUUUUUUUUUUUUUUUACUGUGUCUGUAUUCUUCCGGAAUACGGUUGUAUACAUGAGCGCUGUUUGAAAAAUUCAAGUUCAGAAAUACAUACUGUGGAAACAGUUCCCAGUCCCCACUGCCCAUA